CUCCGAUCAAAAUUUUCGCCCCCUAUUUCACCUCCUUAAUUGUUUUCCGUGCCGUUAUUUGCUCGCUCCAUCCCGGGCGCGGACGAGAAGCCGGCAGGAGGUCUGAAGCUAGGGUUUCUGUCGCUCUCCGAUUCGGUUCUCCGAGAGUCCUGGAAGGCUUUCUUGAGCAGCCAUGUAGGAUUCUCUUAAUCUGCUCCAACUGCUAUAAUGAUGCAAAGGAAGUCUCUUUUGAAUCCAUAUGCCACUCCCUAUGUGCCUCUCUCAAAGAUUGGGCCUGGAGUGAGUUCUGAAAGAGAGAAUAGGGCCACCCUGGAUGAUUCUGAAAAUGACAUAAUUGAGAACUCUGCAGACUACCAGCUACCAGACUCUGUUUCUGUGGAUCAUGACAUCCAAGGCUUAGAGAAACUUAAAGUUUCUGACGAGUCAUCCUCAGAGAUUGGUGAACCCUGGAAUUCUGAUGACGCUUUCCAAGAUGUGAUUCCAAGAAGCGAGAAGCAAAAUGUGGUGGAUGAUCCCAAUCUGAUAAUAGAGUUCCUCUCAUCGAUGUUUCCUGAUAUUUCUAUAGAAUCGCUUGCUGAAUUGUUCAAUGCAAAUCAUGGUGAUCUGAAUCAGACAAUCUAUGUGCUGGAGCAGCUUGAGUAUGGAGGUUAUGAGCUGGACUCUGCUGAAACUUCUGAGACCAGCAAUAGUUUGGAUGAUCCUCCUGAGAAAGCUAAUGCAAGAGGAACAAUCAGCUCAGUUUGAUCUGCCCAAGUGGGUCAAAAGUUUGACCAUCUAUAGUGCACAUUCUGUAUAUGUUAUGCUGUAAGAUUCUGUUGAGAGUAGCACAGGGGAUUAGAUCUUUUCUUUCACUUCGUUGUUUAACCUGACGGUUUUCACCUCAUAUAUGCUUGCUUUAGUGUGUAGUCCGGUCCUGCAUUUAUUAGUUGUUGUAUAGUUCUUUUCUGCCGACUCUCAUCGGUCCUUGUUUCUCCUCUUGAUUUCACUCUUCA